AGAGAGAGAGAGAGGGAGAGAGAGAGAGAGAGAGGAGGGAGGAUCAUUGGGCUCCGCGAGCAUGCGAGGAUCAGCAGCAGAAGAAUGAGACGGAGAGAGAGAUAGAGAGCUGUAAAGAAUCGGAGGAGAGCACUACUGAGGACUAUCAGAAAUAAACACCAAGAGCAAGGGAAGGGGAGGGGGGAGAACACAGACCAAAGAUAAGAAAAGAGCAAACCAGCAAUGGCCAGAGAUUCCAUCCAAGUCAUCAUCUACAUGCAACUGGCGUGACACUGAGUGAUGUCCAAUGAGAAGUAGUCGAACCAGUCAUUAUUGGAAGGACAUUGACAGUUGAAAGCUUUGUUGGAUAUUGAAUUCCCGUCUCUACCUUCAACAUACAAACUUUCUCACGCUGGAAACAUCCCUGCUUCAUAUUGGAUAUAACCCUGCUGACAGUGGCUGAUGUCAUUGUUUGCCUCAAUCCAAUUCAGCUCCUCAGGGGGCUGAGACAACCUGCAGAGGAGUAUGGGCAGGAGGGUGGCUGACCCAACCAAUCCGGUGCCUGCACUCGGGGUACCCCUGGCGGGGGGGCGAUGGGGCCCGCUGUGCAGUGUCGGGGUGCAGACGUCGCCCGGACUGCGAAUUCUCCCCUCCAUCAAACGCCACAGCAGCCAGCCAACCAACACACAUCACCCCAUAACCGUGACAGCAGACAAAACAACGACAGGAGAGACAAGGGGAGUUACCAAGAGUGAGAGCAACAGUCUGCCAUUGUCCAAGGAGACAUCUCAGAACGAGAUCAACAGCCUGACACACGACGACAUGGGGUCACAAGGGUCAGGCAGCGGAGUUUACUGCCAGAUCAAAAGUAUACGGACAAACCCCAAGGACACAAUAGGCAAAAAGACAGCUCGGUAUACAAAUGGCAGUGUAGUAGCAUCUGAUGUGGUGGGAGGGGUUUGCACUGAGACCACAGAAGGUAAAGAGCCGGCCUGUGAGAGGAGAAGGGUGCAGUCACUGCGCGGGGAAGGCCAUCGUUCAGUAUUAAAGACGGGGAGCGUUUGUACAGCCGUGCACGCCACCCCACCUCGGCCCUGUCGAGUGAUGACGAAUUCCCCGGCUCGCCUGUGUGGGACUUGUGGGAGGAGACGAUCACAGAUCACACCGUGCACAGGCGCAUGUCGCAGGAGGGCUGUCAAUCAGAUCACAGCCAGCCAGACUCUACCUAAUCCGCCAAGGAAAGAGUCUGUGGCCCCCAACCAGUCCAAAAAAGACUUUGUUCUGGACUCUCAGUCUAACACCAAAAAGACAGACACAGCAAACACACAUACAUCACUCAAAACGUCUCAGAUACCACAGCUGUCACACACUAUACCGAAGACGCACAGCUCACAUUCCAACCACACAUCACACAGUCAGAACAAAACAACAGAAUCAAAGCAACAGACAAGGCCACAUUCUGCAGACUUGACUCAUUGCAAGGACUCAGCCACACAAACGACAGACACACACACUGACACAGGCAAGACCACAGCUACCGCACAUGAACAACAAGAACACGCACCACCUGCAGAGGUGCCAGUACCACAUUCAACUGACAAACACAAGCAUAACACGGCUAAAAUGCAGCAAGCGGAUGAACACACACACCAACACGCAAUAGUUCGUAUCACAUCCAAACCUGCAGCUCCCUCCCUUAACAGUGACUCGAAAUCGACCAACAACCCACCUCUCCCACCAAAAAACUCUCCGAAAACCUCUCACUCCAAACCGUCCACACCUGUGGCACAGACCAAAAACACCCAGGAGACUACAAGUAUUCCCAAACGGACAUCCUCCGAGCGGAUCAGACUCAAGGACUACACAAAACAGGAGAGCAAAUCGUUCGACGACCACACACUGCCUUGUAGGACUCAUAUAAAAGCACAAUGUAACGGGGCUCCAGGAGGAUUGGUGGCUGGACACACAGGGAAUGCGCCACGGGGCAUAGAGAGGCAGCUGCAGAGUGUGGAGGAGAACCUGCUGUCAAAUCAGGAGAAGAUCAAGGUGCUUCUCAACGUCAUCCAAGACCUGGAAAAGAGCAAGGCCCUCAGCGAAGGCCGCAGCUCGUACAGAACCGGUCAGGACAUUAACAACUGCCCCACCUGCCAAAAGACAGCCUGCAUCAUCUACAGUGUGGAACAUGAUUUCCGACAGCAGGAGGGACGCCUUCAGGGAGUUAUGGAGACCCUGGAGGGAGAGUAUGAUUUGCCCGCACCCGCUCUGACCAAGCCCACGCAAGCCCCUUCCAGCCGCCCUGGCACCAAGGCCCGUGUCAAGAAACUCCGCAAGAAGUGUUUCUGGUGGCUUUGAGCAUUGCUGGGAAGAAAGUGAACACAGGUGUGGAUUGUGUUUCAGGGGACUCAAAAAGUUCUAGAGUGAAGCAUCUCUCUCAUGCUCAUUUAGGUUUGCAGUGUGUUAAAGUAUCAUUAAAAUCAGGAGGGAGGUAAAUGUACUUUUUUCCAACAGCAAUCCAUACUCACCUUUGACAAAAUUCACCAGAGAUCAGGAAGAAAAAGACAAAACGCUCUAAAGAAGGAAAAACGAAAAGCCAAAGGGGAUGUUGAACUUUCCUCUCAGAUCUGUCUGAGCGGGAGUUUGAGGAAGAGAUCAUCUCUCCGUGGGAGCAAGACUAUAAUGACUAAUUUGUGAAUAAUGUUUGACUGAAGGUGAGGAUACAGUUUUCCCAUAAGAGUUGUGUAACACAAAGAAAAAACGAUGACACUUUGGAUGACAGACAGGCGUACUGAUUGUAACUUGGCUGACUGACUGUCUAGGUAGAUGCAUGAAUGGAUUUAUGCCAAGAGUGAUUCACGUCAACAGCAAGGAAUGAGUCUUUACUUCUAUUUUUGGCAAAGUGGCAGCAAUAAGGAGGAGAAUUUGAGCAAUUUGGAAUGCCGUGUCGUCGAAUACCUUCACAGCCAAACCUGAAUGUAGCAACAACUGAAGCGUUAAGAGUAUACGAGAGGAGAACAACCUGCUGCGCUCUGUGGAAACAGACGACUUGCUGGAUGGAGAUCAGGGUUUAGAGAGCACUACUAGGAAUGAUUCAAGAGACAAUGUGAUGCGCAGCUGAUCAAAGACUGACAGACUGUGUCAGAAAGUUAAAGAAUAUCUGUCAACACGACUGACAGAGUGAUCGAUGCUCUCCGCUAUUACCAUCCAAAAUGGAAGUGUUUCGCUGUAAUCUCAAUCUUGUUUCAAGGAUUUCCACACAGACGUGCACACAUGCACAGGCGCACACAUUAGUCGUCUCACACUCAGACUACUGUGUUGUUGAUUGAGUUGUUCCUCAUUUAACGUUGCACAAAUUGUUUGGAGGACUCCUCCACUUAAAGUGUAGUGUACAAUGUGAAGAGUCAUCAGCUCUCAUGUAGCACACACCAACUGUGACUGUUUGCACGUUCACAGUGAGCUCUUACAGUGACCUAGUAAAUUAAACAGAGGAUCCGAAACAUGCCAAAUCUGAAGUUGUUUUUAAAUUCCCCAAUAGAACACAUUUACUCAUUCACAUUUAAUACACCAUAGGAAAUUUGCAUUGCUACAUACAUGUUGACACAUUCGGACCAUAAUGCCACUGCAAGCUGGUGAAUGAAAAUUAUUAAACAUACACUGCAAGUCCACAUGUGUUAUCAAGAUAGGUCAAGUUCUCUUAUCUUAUUUAAGAAGACACUUGAGUCAAUAAAUUAAUCAGCAAAAAAAAAUCUUUGUAAGAUUAAGACACAAUAAUUAUCAGAUAUUUGAACUCAAAUUCUUUUUAAACUCCGCAGGGGUCUAUACCAUUUCAAACACAUGCACCUGCAACAAUAUUUUUGCAUCAACACAUACACACACCAGUGCUCACAGCAGCCGAUCUUACAAGGGCCUAUACUUCAGAUGCGCCUCGCUUACAAAUAGCCACCACUUCCCGGAUAGCGCACAUGCACGCACACACACACACACACACACACACACACACACACACACACACACACACACUAAUUAACCGAUCUAUAUCCACAAUCCCCGGUCCCUACAUUUUUAUAAGCUGUCCCAUAACAGUAUGUGAGCUCCCAACUAUGCCCCACUCGCCCUGAUCUUCCUCUUGUAUGUACAAUAAAAGUGUGUAUUUUAAACAAAA